AUGGUGAAGAAACUUGGUUCACUAAAAUGUGAAGUGAGGAUAGUAGAAGCAAGAAACGUAGAGAUCAAGUCACAAGCUAGUACUCUGUUCGUUAGAUUCUAUCUCUCUGCAGGACACAACAGAAAGAUCGAAGUAAACACGAGAGAGAUCUGUUCGAAAUCAGACAACCACUUCAUUUGGGAUCAACCUUUUGGUCUGGAGUGUCAAGGGAACGAAGCGGCAGUAGAGGAACUGAAGCAACAGAGAGUCGUUUUCGAGCUACGGAGAAGGAAGACGACGUCGUUUCUUAGAAAGUCAUCGAGAUCGGAAGUUGUCGGGAGAGGUGAGGUUUCAUGGGAAUCGGUGUUCGAGUCUCCGGGCAUGGAAAUCGAGAGAUUUGUCGUGAUGGGUGAGACGAAAAAUCAAAACUUGGAAGAUAAAAAGCCUGUUUUGUUGAAGAUAGCUUUAAAGCUCCAAGCUUUAGAAACAGAGACGAUCAACAAGAAAGACAAGAGAUUAGAGAAGCGUUGUGUGUCUUGUAGCAGUAGAGAUUGUGGAAGUUGCAAUUGUUUAGAUUACGAAGCUUUUGCUCUAGCUUGUGCUUUGGAUUGUAUAUAA